CUCAUCUAAAGACGCCGUACCAGAUAUUUGGAUCCACUGAAAGGGUAUUGUUGAUCGAAUGCUGCGACAUCGAUUGCAGAUUGCAGAUUGUUCUAUCAGGCUAUAAGCACAAUCCAGCCCUACCUCCAUCGCUGCCGGCGGAUGUCUGCGUUCUUUUGAGUUGAGUCGCGUCCAGUCUUCUCCUCUAGAUACCUACACGCGCAAAGUCAUCAUGAAAGUAUACGGUUUAGCUUCUCUGGCGGCCUUGGUUGGCUAUGCCGCAAGCCAGGAGUACAUCAACAACUCAACAGAGCCAGUUGUCCACGAGGAAGCACCUUGGACUCUUCAUGGCACCGUCUACUCCAUCACAUUAGUCCUCCCUCCAACCGACCUGCCGACCAAGGCCUACUCCCCGCUUGAGCGAGCCGACGUAAAUGCCACGGCAGGAGACUACCUGGGCCUUUUGGGCAUGAUCCAAAUCAUCCGCUACACUGACAGCCCGGUCGGCCCCUACGACGAACUGCUCAUCGUGCCUGGAUACUUCUCAUACCCUCGUGAGCGAGAUGGCGGCAUUCUCGACGAGGAAACGAAAGUACGCGUGUCACGGAUCUACGUGAGCCAGAAGUAUACAUGCUGGAAUGGCAGAAUGAACUGGAAUAUCCCAAAGCAUCUUGCCAAAUUCGACUGGACCGAGAAGGACGGGAAGACCACAGUCAAGGUCUAUCCUUAUGACACGACUGGCAACUCCGAAGAGGCUUAUCCAGCCGAGCUGCCUUUCUUCCAGACCACCUGGAAGGCGCAGCUCCUCGACAAUAUCCCGUUUAGCACGGAGCUGUACAAGUGGAUCGGCAUCAAUGCUACUCUCGCCCAGCCACCUUUGCCGGCCGGAAACGGAAGCUAUGGCGAACUACCGGGGACCAACCACUGGGCGGCAACAGUGCCGGGUCAGGCAACGGAUCACGCGACGUUGGGAGUGUUUGACAUGGACCAGGGAGCAGGCGAUGCAGUGGCUGAUGAUGUGAACGCUGUGGGUGAUGAGUACUACGAAAACUUCUGGCCUGGUCUUCUGCGGUUUAAUCUGGGUAUCAAGUUGGACAAUGCUACGAUUACGUUUAGCGCUCCCGAGAUCUGGGGCUGAUGGGGCCUCGGCUGCUGAAAUGGGGUCGGAAUACUACCUUAUUGCAGUAGAUAAAAGUUGAAAUGAUGACACGCUUCCAA